CGAGAAAAAUAGUACGGUCUAUAUACGAAUUUAGUUGCAAGCAAUUUUCAAACGGACUAGAGCAUUUAAGAACAGCAGUUCUGCGGCCAUUAAUUAACAUCAAAAUUUGAGUACUGUGAGGUCAAUAAAUAAUACAAUAUGACUUUCAACCGAUUCACAAUACUAGCCAUGUUGGUCGUCACUGUUUUGGCCGUUACAGUUUACGGACACCCCACAAUUGAUGUUAGCGAUGCAUCCUUUGUAGAACCGAUCACGAACAAACUUGGCUUCGUUCACGGUUUGAUAAAGGAUAUAAAAACAAAUGUAUACAAACAAAAACAAAAUAUUAAAAAUGGAGUAGUGGACUGGAUGAAAAAAAAAAUUGGAUUAUCGACUACUAACGCUGAAGUGGAGCCGACAACAAUGCCUGAUAAUUAUUUUGAGAGUACUGAACUUAUUGUUGAUGUCAACCAAAGUGAAAAUACCAUGGCUUCUAUCUACGAACCUGAGUACGAGACGACCCAAGUCAACUAUGCAGCAACCGAAGUUAACUCGAUUACGUACGAUUAUCAAAAAAAAUAGUGGAUUUUCAAACACAUAAACAUAUUAUUAAUUAAUAAUAAUGUAAUUUGAUUGCCUGUAACGAUGCGAUAUAAUGGUUAUAGUAUGAA